GGUGAAUUGUUGAUUGGUGGCGCGGGAGUGUCGCCGGGAUACAUAAACCAACCAGACAAGAACGCAGCCUCUUUCAUCAGAAACAAGCAUGGGAGGUUAUACCGAACAGGUGAUAUUGUCCGGCGGAGGAUGGCUGACGGCCAGAUUGAUUAUGUAGGGCGCCGUGACCAUCAAGUAAAAAUUCGUGGUUUCCGGAUUGAACUCGAAGCAGUUGAAGCGGCAAUGUUGAAUACGGGUCAAUUUUCACAGGCUGUCGCGUUAAAGGUCGAUGCAGUACCCGGAGAAGCAGCAGGGUCGGCAUUGAUUGCCUUUGCAGUGCUGGCCCCAGGGUCCAAACGUCACGCAGUGUUUAAUGCUGUCGAUUCGUUGAAAGCCGUGUUACCAGACUAUAUGAUACCCAGGAUCGAGGUUAUUUCACAAAUACCUCUUGACAAUCAUGCUAAGGCAGAUCGAAAGCGUCUCGCGCAGCUGUAUCGAGAUCGUUGGACCGAGCAACAGACGGUUGAAAUCAACGACAGGGAUGAGAAAGCCGGGGACAACUAUCAGCGACUUGCUCGCUUAUGGUCGUAUAUCCUUGGUCUUCCAGUGUCUGCCAAAGAUUAUGAUGCGGACUUUUUCCUUCUCGGGGCCACCUCAUUACAGGCGUCUCUUCUUAUCAGCCAGAUACGCCGCACUUUCAAUGCGGAAGUCUCGCUUUUGACCUUGUACGAUAAUUCCAGCCUUGCGAAGCUGGUUACGGUCAUUGAAGAAAGCCAAGGUGGUACCACUCGAGCAGUAUUCUUUGAACAGGAUGUAUGGCUGGAGGACAGCAAGAUGGCAGACGGGCUUGGUCCGCUACCAGGCCCGGUGAUUGAUUGGCAACAUGAGACUGAAGGACGUGUCUUUUUGACAGGUGGAACGGGUUUUGUUGGUGCAUUCUUCCUGGCUGACCUUCUGCACCUGCGGGAUGUGCGCCAGGUUGGCUGUCUGGUACGAGCUGCAGAUCCAACAACUGGCUUGAAGCGUCUUCAACACGCCCUGGCUAAAUACAAUCUGUGGGAGGAUUGGUUUGUGCACAAGCUGCUGCCAAUCUGCGGUACCCUCGAGGACCAGCAUUUGGGUCUAGGCUCGCUGGAACGGUUUGAGAAGUUUGCAAACUGGACCAGCGUUAUCUUUCAUCUGGGAGCACGAGUCAACUACACGCAGCCAUACUCUCUCCAUCGUCCGGCCAAUGUGGUGGGAACAGCAAACAUACUACGUUUCGCUUACACUGGCCGAACGAAGGCGCUGCACUAUGUCUCCAGUAUAUCCUGCUUUGGGCCGACGGGUUUCAUAAACGGUGUCCAAAGUGUCACGGAAGAUGAAUCGUUGUUAAAGCAUCUCGAUGCCCUCCCAUAUGACCAUGGAUAUGCGCAAAGCCAGUGGGUUGUGGAAAACAUGCUGCACCGACUCAUACAGCGUAACCAUCCCAUUGCCGUCUACCGACCAGGGUUCAUCACUGGCCAUACUCAAACCGGCGCCUGCAACCCAGAUGACUUCUUCAGUCGUCUAGUCCAUGCGUGUGCCGAAAUAGGAAGCUACCCAUUGCUUCCGAACCAACGCAAAGAAUUCGUUCCAGUUGACUAUGUCAACGCCGUCAUCUUGCACAUAGCCUCGCUACCUGCCGAUUCUGGUCUGUGCCACGCAUAUCACAUUGUCCCUCCGAGUCGCGCGUCUUCGAUAGACAUGAAUGACUCGAUGGAGCUUGCCAGUUCAUCGAAUUCCAGUGACGCUGGUGGGAAAGGCAUUCCUUAUGGAGAAUGGAUUGAGCUCUUGAUGGACAAGUCUCCAGAGCGACUACGCCCUUUGCAGCCCAUGCUGACCGAGAGGGUACACCAGGGACUCACGCGAUGGGAGCUCUAUGAGAAUAUGCCACUGUACGAGACCCACAACACGAACAGAGCUCUGGAGAGCUACCCUGGAGAGCUUCGGUUUCCGGUGUUGGAUGGCAAGUUGAUGCAGAAGUAUCUCUCUUACCUCCAGUCUUGAGAGGUUGACGGUGAUGGAGAGCAGAAGAUACAAGGGUUAUGCCAAUUUAUGCCUGUCUGGGUAAUAGAUACAACUUUAGUGAAAGAAGUUUCGUUCUUAACGUCUCUCAAUUAAAUUUCUCUUCAUUUACUCAGGUCUAAGCUAAUCCUGCACUCACUUGUGGCUACCAGGCCUUGAUCCUCCCAUGGCAGACUGCCCCGAUACAGCAUCGGC